AUGAGCUCGUCGUCCUUGGGUGUCUUGCAAGACAUCUCGUUCUCCUUCCUCUUUGAGUGGAUAUCCACAUUGUCGUUGGUUUUUGGAGGAUGCUGCAGUAAUGCUCUCGCACUAGAGCAGCUCACGAGCCAAUACUCGAAUUCGGGCACUCUGUUGACAUUCUGCCAAUUUCUACUCGUCUCGCUGUACGGGCUGCCCAAGUUUGUCACCCUGAAGCCCUACCCGCGUCUCAAGCCCCGUCGGCUACCCAUAUUACCCUACCUUGUGCAGGUGCUGCUAUUCUAUGGUAUAUCUCUUCUGAAUAAUGCCGCAUUCGCCUACGCAAUACCCAUGCCCGUGCACAUAAUAUUUCGAAGCGGUGGAUUAGUGAUCAGCAUGGUGCUGAACUGGCUACUUAUGGGCCGGAGGUACAUCAAUGAUUGUUCUGAGUGGGAUUUGCGCGCUGACAAGUACUUCUGGACACGUAGAUACACCCUUAUGCAGGUGCUAUCGGUGCUCAUGGUCACGGCAGGCGUCAUUCUGACCACCGUAUCUGCCUCGGGUUCUAAACCUCGUUCCGCCAUCUCCAAGGCGAGACCCGGACAUGAGAGUGAUUCAUCGCUUGCAUAUGCGACGGGGAUCGCCAUCCUGACUCUGGCCCUCCUUCUUGGUGGUCUUCUUGGGAUCGUCAGUGAUAAGACGCGCGAGAUGUAUCCUGCAACCACGCCAGAGAAGAGCGCCGGUCAGGCAAAGGGAGAUAGCCUGAAUAAGACUGCUCCUUGGGAGGAGUCCAUGUUCUACUUGCACUUCCUCGCCAUGCCCAUGUUUCUCUUUGUUCGCAAAGACCUGGUUUCCCAGUUCCGAGCCAUCAAUGCGGGUCCCAGGAUGGAGAUCCCCCUCCCCCUUCCUCUCAGACAUCUGAACUCUACAGUCCUCCUGUCGCCCCUAGCUGAACCCCACGCAUCUAGUUCCUCCGACGGGCUGUCCAUUCCAGCGGCAUACCCCCCGCUCCUGCUCAACUCCAUCACUCAACUUUUCUGUAUUGCCGGUGUCCACCGCCUCACGACGCGCGUCUCAUCACUCACUGUCACCCUCGUCCUUGUGAUCCGCAAAGCGGUGUCGCUUGUUAUCAGCGUACUGCUUUUCAGUGCGGCCGGGCGUGCGGCAGCUCAAGAUAGGCAGCUGGAGAUGUGGGCGGGUGCACUGUUGGUUUUCAUGGGCACAGUUGGCUAUUCUCUUGGGACAGGCCAGAAGACAUCUAUCAAAGACAAGACGAAAACGGAGUAA